CACCUUGACCCGCCCGAAAACAAGGGAGUAUCUCUCAUGCCAUGCACAUGCAUGAGAGAAAUUUCGUCGAAGCUUCCCUCCAUUUUCGCUUUCCAAACGGAACCAAAACAAAUAACAUAAAAAUAAAUAAAUAAAUGAACAAGAAGAAAAAUGCCAAAUCUCUCUUCAUCCUCCGGCUCCCCUUAUCCACGAAGCUGCAAUGGGACGUGCAAGUCGUUUACAGGCGGGUGGGCCCCAACAUAAGUGUUUGCAGGCAGUAGCAGCGCAUCUGGGGCCGAGCUUAGGGAAGAAAGCGUAGGAGGAGAGCCAAUUGAUCUUUUGUUGCCAAACGACGACUGAGAUUGAGAGCCAUGGCCGCGUCCCGUGGUUCGUCGUCUUCUACGAACGGCUUGUUGCCGGCCUCGUUGUCAGGGAGGAACCACCCAGACAUGGAGGCAGGGGCACGCGUCGGCCUCGAGACUGAGUUCGACGACGACGCCGCCGCAGCAAACGACGUGCCGUCCACCACCGAUCCCUUCGACAUUGCCAACACCAAGAACGCGCCUCCCGAGACGCUCAAGAGAUGGAGGCAAGCGGCACUCGUGCUAAAUGCUUCCCGACGAUUCCGGUACACCAUGGACUUAAAGAAAGAGGAAGAAAAAGAAAAUAGGAGGAGGAUGAUUAGAUCCCAUGCACAAGUCAUAAGAGCAGCACUGCUAUUCAGAUUGGCUGGAGAAAGGGAGCACGGGUUAGGCACAACAGUUGCACCCCCAACUUCAAGUGGUGAUUAUGGAAUUGCACUAGAACAACUUGUUUCAUUGACCAGGGAGAACAAUUUUAACGCUCUACAGCAAUAUGGAGGGGCUAAAGGCAUAUCAGCAUUGCUAAAAACAAACUUGGAGAAGGGAGUUGAUGAGGACGAGAUGGAUGUAGAAAGAAGAAAGAAUGUUUUUGGAUCCAAUACAUAUCCUCGGAAAAAAGGGCGGAGUUUCUUGGGGUUUCUUUGGGAAGCUUGGCAAGACUUAACUCUAAUAAUCUUGAUCAUAGCUGCAGUGGUGUCAUUGGUUCUUGGAAUAAAAACUGAGGGUCUUGCUGAAGGAUGGUAUGAUGGAUCAAGCAUUUUCUUUGCUGUUUUCCUUGUUAUAGUUGUUACAGCUAUUAGUGAUUAUCGGCAAUCUCUUCAGUUUCAAAAUUUAAAUGCGGAAAAGGAAAAUAUACAACUGGAGGUCAUGAGAGGUGGUAGAAUAGUAAAGAUUUCGAUAUUUGAUAUUGUGGUUGGUGAUGUUAUACCUCUCAGAAUAGGCGAUCAGGUCCCUGCUGAUGGAAUCUUAAUAACUGGUCAUUCUCUUGCCAUUGAUGAAUCUAGCAUGACUGGUGAAAGCAAGAUUGUUCACAAGGAUCAGAAGACACCUUUCUUAAUGUCAGGUUGCAAAGUGGCUGAUGGAGUGGGUACUAUGCUGGUAACUGGUGUUGGAAUCAACACUGAAUGGGGAUUGUUGAUGGCAAGUAUCUCAGAGGAUAACGGCGAAGAAACUCCUUUACAGGUGCGCUUGAAUGGAGUUGCAACUUUUAUUGGCAUAGUUGGGCUUUCAGUAGCUGUUUUGGUGCUUGCUGUCCUGUGGGGCAGAUACUUCACUGGAAAUUCAAGAGAUGCAGAUGGAACCGUCCAAUUUAUAGCUGGCCAGACUAGCACUGGCAAAGCUAUAGAUGGAGCAGUAAAAGUGUUUACCAUUGCCGUCACCAUUGUGGUUGUUGCAGUUCCUGAAGGGCUACCUUUGGCUGUUACCCUGACGCUAGCAUACUCGAUGAAGAAAAUGAUGGCAGAUAAGGCAUUGGUGCGUAGACUGUCAGCCUGUGAAACUAUGGGCUCAGCAACAACAAUAUGUAGUGAUAAAACUGGGACAUUGACUUUGAACCAGAUGACUGUGGUUGAAGCAUAUGUUGGGAAAAAGAAGAUAAAUCUGCCAGACGAUUCCUCACAGUUGCAUCCACAAGUUUCCACUCUGCUAAGUGAGGGCAUUGCACAAAAUACCACUGGCAACGUAUUUGAGCCAAAGCAGGGUGGUGAAGUAGAGAUUUCUGGGUCUCCUACAGAAAAGGCUAUACUUUCAUGGGCAGUCAAGUUGGGGAUGAAGUUUGAUUUUAUCAGAUCAGAGUCUACAGUUCUUCAUGUUUUCCCUUUCAACUCAGAGAAAAAGCGAGGUGGUGUUGCACUAAAACAGACUGACUCUAAAGUUCAUAUACAUUGGAAAGGGGCAGCAGAGAUAGUUUUAGCCUCGUGUACGGAGUAUCUUGACUCAAACGGUUGCUCGCAGAAUAUUAACGAAGAUAAGGAAUUUUUCAAGGCAGCUAUUGAUGACAUGGCAGCAAGCAGUUUGCGAUGUGUUGCCAUUGCAUACAGAUCAUAUGAAUUGGACAAAGUUCCAACUGAGGAAGAGCAUUUAAGUCAAUGGGCUUUACCAGAAGAUAACCUUGUUUUGCUUGGUAUUAUUGGUAUAAAGGAUCCUUGUCGUCCUGGUGUUAAAGAUGCAGUGAGACUAUGCACAGAAGCUGGUGUUAAGGUACGGAUGGUCACUGGAGACAAUCUUCAGACAGCAAAAGCAAUCGCAUUAGAGUGUGGAAUACUACUUUCACUCGAAGAUGCUACUGAGCCUAAUAUCAUUGAAGGAAAAACAUUCCGUGCAUUAUCUGAAAAAGAAAGGGAACAAGUUGCCAAGAUAAUAACAGUAAUGGGCAGAUCUUCCCCUAAUGACAAGUUGUUGCUUGUGCAAGCAUUACGUAAGGGUGGUGAUGUUGUCGCAGUAACAGGAGAUGGCACUAAUGAUGCUCCCGCACUUCAUGAGGCAGAUAUUGGUCUUUCUAUGGGCAUUCAAGGAACUGAAGUUGCAAAAGAAAGUUCUGAUAUCAUUAUUUUGGAUGAUAACUUUGCUUCUGUUGUAAAGGUUGUUCGCUGGGGACGUUCUGUGUAUGCAAAUAUUCAGAAAUUUAUCCAAUUCCAACUUACUGUUAAUGUUGCAGCUCUUGUAAUUAAUGUUGUGGCAGCGAUAUCCUCUGGUCGUGUCCCAUUAAAUGCUGUACAGCUUCUGUGGGUUAACUUGAUCAUGGAUACUCUAGGAGCACUUGCAUUGGCUACUGAGCCACCUACAGACAACCUUAUGCAUAGAACACCAGUUGGCCGAAGGGAACCUCUUAUAACGAACAUCAUGUGGAGGAACUUACUCAUUCAGGCUAUGUAUCAAGUUGCUGUCCUCCUUGUCCUCAACUUUCUGGGAACUAGCAUUCUUGGUCUGCAAAAUGAGACCCAGAAGCAGGCCACUAGUGUGAAGAAUACUAUCAUAUUUAAUGCAUUUGUCUUCUGCCAAAUUUUUAACGAGUUCAAUGCUCGAAAGCCUGAGGAAAUAAAUAUCUUCAGUGGAGUGACUAAGAACUACCUCUUUAUGGGAAUAAUAGGAAUUACAUUAGUACUUCAGAUACUGAUCAUUAUGUUCCUCGGAAAGUUUACAAAAACAGUGAGACUAUCAUGGCAGCAAUGGCUUAUAUGCUUGGGUAUUGCCAUUGUCAGUUGGCCUCUUGCUGUUAUUGGAAAACUAAUUCCGGUCUCGAAGACACCAUUGGGCGAGUACUUCAGUCGGCCAAUUAAGCGAUGCAGAAAUUCUCGUAACUCCUAAUGCUCACCUCUGUAGUUGUGUUCUGUAUACAUGCUAUCAAACCAUCAGUUUCAGAAGAUUUUUUGGAACUUGAGAGAAGGAUGAAUUGAAUCCUACAAGAAAUUAUGAGAAAAAUCAAUGAUUCUCGUUCUCAAAACUCAAUCUUUUGAUUUCUGUGGAUUGACAUUUGGCCAGGACGAAUUGAAUCCUUCCCCCUCCCCCCUUUCUCCGGCCGACAAGAGAAAGAAAGUGCUCAUUUUUGGCCUGAAAGCCUCUAGUUUCUUUCUCCAGCGUUAUGGUUGCAUAACUUACAUUAUGGCAUGACCUUACCACUAUUCUUUUUCUCUAUAGCUUUUCUGUGUAAGAGUGGACUCGUCACGGAUUUGUAUUCAACUAGUAAAUUGCUAUGUAAUGCAUAGCCAAGUGUAAAUAGAAAGCUGUUAAAUGUGCAGCUCUGGAGUAACUUUUUUGGAGCUUCA